CUGGAUCUUCAAUGAAUGAUGUUUCCAAUGUACAUAUAACAGCUGUCAAAACUGGAUCUUCGUUGAAUGAUGUUUCCAAUGUAGAUGUAGAUAUUACAAAUGGCAAGACUUGCUCUCCGAUGAAUGAGGAUGCUGAUGUAGAUCUAGAUAAAACUGAUGGUAAAACUGACUUUCUCAUGAAAAAUAAUGAUGUAAAUCUUACAAAAGAUGAAAUUGACUCUGAACUUCUAGAGAAUGAUAAUGAUGAAGCUGAACAAAGUCUCGAUCCUAUGAAUGAUGAAACUGACCCACUGCUCCCUUCAUCGAGAAAUAAUACUGAUUCAAACCCAGAUGACUUGGAAGUAGAGUCACUUAUGUUAAAAGGUCAAGAAUCAGUUGAUUCUAGUUGUAAAUCUGUUGAUCUUGAAUGUAAGGAAGUUGUGAAUUGGAAUGAUGGGGAGAUCAGUUUCAAGGGAAUCCUUCCUGAAGAUGCAGAUUCCUAUUCCACCAAUGUUAACCUGGAUGGCACAUGCCGUCCAUCUGAGUCCUUUGACUUAAGAAUGACUGCUCUAAAAGAUGGAUAUAGUGAAAAAAAUAUUGAGGUUACUGAAAUUGAAACUGAGCCACCGAGUGUGAGAAAUACAUUUGCAAUGUUUGGGAAACAGUGUAUACCAAAUGAGAUUUCAAAAGAUCGGGAAUCGGGGCAGAAAACUAGUUCUAAAGAAGCAGUAACUUCCAUAGUUGAUCACAAGGAUAUGAACAACAACACAAUAGAACAUGAAUUUAUUCCUCAAAAAGAAACAAAAUCGACAACAAUAACUGAGAACAUUGAUUCUAGCACAGCGAGCAAAACAUUUCAACCAGCCAUCAGAAGUGAUAUUGAAAGUGUAAUAUCAUCUGGGAAAAGAGACAUAUAUACUGAUGGAGAAGCAAAUGUAAAAAGUAUGAGAGAUGAGCAUUCAUCUAUAAACAGCAUGAAAGAUCAUGGACUCUCUUGUUCCCAGAAACUUCCAAUUGAAGUAAAGAUGAAUCCAGAUCGCUCGAUUACUAGGACGAUUUUGACAUCCGAUAUAAAAAACAACAGACUACCAAUGGUAAGUGACAGCAGGGAUGAUGUCAUUAUGAAAGAUGCCUAUUCAAAUGUGAAUGCUAAAUCACAUAUACAAUUUGAAGAUAACAGCACAACAUUACCAGAAGGUCUAAGUCAAAAUACUCAAGCUGAAAAACAUAUCGCUGGAGUUGAUACUGAGAUAAAUAAUGUUGGUUCAGAAAAUAUAAGUCCUCUCUCAUUCCAAGAUACACUUCCCUAUGACACGGAUCAUUCCAGAUCAUCAAGCCGGAUUUCUAGUUUCAGUCUAGGAAUAGAGCCUGUUGAUGAAUUGGAAAUAUCUUCCCUUACAAAGGUGGAAACCAUAGAUUCUCUGCCAGCAACACAAUUCUGUAAACCCCUUACACCUUUAGAAACAAAAAUACCAGAUCACAUAUGUGAUUGGGUUAUUGAACAUAGAACUAAGGCUGACCAUCCUAAAUAUGGAGUUGGAAUUGAAACUAAAUUAAAUGAUGACCUCAUUCAGACAAAACAAUCUAUAGAAAAUCUUGUGUCUCCAAAAACAGAAACUAACGAUGAAGAUUAUAUUCAGUCUAGCUCUAGUGGGAAACCAUUCCAAUACCUAGUGCAACAGAAAAAUAUCAACAAGCCUAUUAAGAAAACAAAUGUUAUUAAAUCAAACCAGUAUUCAAGUAAGACUUUAUCACAUAAGAAGCCCAAGUGCAAAUGUCAGUACUGUAACAAGUGGAUGCCUUCCGAAUGUAUACUAAAACAUGAAGGACUUUGUAUAAUGAGACCUGAUCACUCAAGUGAGACAAUUGUAUAUAAUGAUCUCAUUUUGUUGGACACUAUGUCUGAUGAUUCUGAAAUCAAAACAAGUUAUCAGGAAACUACAGAAAAUAAAGGCAUUCCUGUUUCAAAAUCGGCUGAUACUCAACUAUCCUUAAAUGUCACUCCAGGUAUAACAGACACCAUGCCAUAUAGAUCGAGAGCAUCUGCAACAGCUACACUUGAACCUCAAAUUGAAAGUACUUGUGAGAAGAACCCAGAUCCACCAACUGCUUCUCCAGACAUGGAAAAACCUGCAGACUUCAAACAUGCUCAUUUAGAAUAUGAUAAUGAUAUAUCUGAACAGAAGAAUGAAUGUCAACACUAUUCAGAAGCACUGUCAUCGCCAUAUGGAUCUAAAAUUGUACAUGCCAUUGCUGAAGUUGAGAAAAACAACAGAACCAUUUCAACAUCCAUUGAUGAGCCUGAUUUGAAACAUGUGAAUAACAUACAUGGUUCAUUAACUGGAAAUAUUCAACAAAAAACCAUGAAAGAAAAAUGGAAAGCUUCAUUUAAAGACCUCAAAAAGAAAUCAUAUACAUCAAAAGGAAUUAAAACCGUCAAAGCUACCGAAGAUAAGAGCUCUAUCUCAAGAGAAGUUAGCUGCAAUUAUUGUCGCAAAAAGUAUGCCAAGUCAAUCAUUCAAAGACAUGAAGGCUAUUGUAGAAAUGCUGCAAAGACAUAUUCUUUCAAAUUCAGCAAAAGGAGUCAAUUAUCAGAAGCAAAGUACAAAAGAAUGAGCUCUUAUACAUUGUUUGAACAAAGGCUGAAGCAAACAUCUACAACCAGGUCCAGGAAAUUCAAUGUGCAAAAUCAAGACAAAGCUAUGAAGAAGUACGAAGAUGUGGUCGCACAGAGCCAUUUCAUGGAGACAUCACAUGGUGAUCCUACUCAGCAGUCCAUUGAAAUGAAAGGGCAUGCUGAAAUUGAUACAACUAAGAAAACUGUUAAUAAGUGCUGGAAAUGCAGAAGGAAAUUCUCUGCCCUUGCUGGUUUGAAAAUACACUUAAAAUGUGGAACUUGCACUGAAAGUAAAAAAUGUGAAAAUCUACAAAUUGACAGCAAUACUAAAGGAGAUGCUCGCGUUACAAAAGCCAACACUGUCAGCUCUGAAAAGCAGUGCUCUAGAUGUCAAAAGAAAUUCUGCUCAAUAUCCAAUGCAAAACGCCACAUGCGUAAUAGAUCUUGUGAUAAACAAAAAUCAAAACUUACGCUAAAACUACUGAGUGGUGAAACUUGUCAAAUAUUGACUGAUGAUGAAAUAACAUCAAUGUGUCAGAAUGAAGAAGAUCCAGGAAAUGAAAACUUAGGAGUUGCUGCUAAACAGGAGGGCAAUACCCACAGUACACCAAUGCAGAGCCUGAUUAAUGAUACAGAACAUACAGAACAUGAUGAAGUCGCAGAUCAACCUGCGGUGUCAACACUAUUGGAACCAGACAGCGGUGAGAAAAAAUGGAGAAGUUCUCAACUGAACAGGAAACAAAGGCACAAUGAUUCUUCCAGAAGAUUGGAAUCCAAUGUGCCUGAACAUAAAGAGCAUAGAUAUGAACAAUGUGUUGAUGUAGGCUGUACUGCUUAUACAAAUGAAUCAACUUCUAUCAGUGGCCAGCUGCCUGCAUCCUCCUCAGUAUCAGAGGAAUCUGAGUCUGAUGUGAUUCCCCUCCAGACACUUUCCCAAAGACUACGCAAGAGUACGAACAAGGGAAGAAGAAUAUCUGUUGAUGAAGCUAUAGCACAAUCCUGUGAACAGUGUACAACUGAUGGAACUGCUCAGGAUGCCGCAGAUACACCAGAGGUACCACUAGUGAAGCGCUUACGCAAGCGUACCAACAGUGCUUCGAAAAGCACAACACAAUAGACAGACUAUGAAAACAUUGGAACUUGGCGAUGAAGUAGAAGACUGCACGUUUGAUAGAAUUCUAACGCUCUCCAGAUAAUAUAGGGAUCCGAAUGGGCAAACUGACUUUGUAACUGUUUUUGUAUAUGAACAUAAACAGCCUACGAAACAUGAUGAAAAUGAUCCCUAAGUGAAUCAAAUAUGGAAGGACAAAACUCAAAUCUUAUUGUACCAUGCAGACCCAUAUUCCAUGGGAAUAUAACAUGACUAUAAAGAGGGAGAUUGGAAUAUGCCUCUAUGGAAGCGCAUGAUUUAAAUAAGGAGAGCAUGAAAAAGCAUGAUAUUAUUAAAAGCCUGAUUUUAAAGCAUGUUCGCCUUUAUAAGAGUGAAUGAAUCUUGUAUAUGUAUGUAGAUCUGGGGUAUGUUUUUAGGAAUGAAGCACAAGGAUGAUAUAAAUCCUUUCUUUUUCAUUUAUAAAGGGCAUUUUGAUAUUUUGUGAAAAAAGCAUGCUAUUGUGUAUUGAGCUUUUGCUAGAUCAAAAUUCAAUAUGUUAUAUGAAAAAGAAUAUUUAAAAAAUACCUGUUUUUGACAAAAAAUGGUUAAAAGAGUGAAUUUUUUUAUUAAAUUAAUCUUUAUGAAACAUUGUUAAGCUAAUGCACAUGUUUUGCAGAAAACUGCACAUGAACAUGUGGAGUUAUGGAACAAAGUUGUUACAAGGAACUAAUUGAGAGGGGGGCAGUUAACUCUGUGUAUCAUAGAAUUACACAUUCAGAUACAAGUUUAAAAACAUGUGGCUUAACCUCCCUAAUGUUGAGACAGUGACAGUGCUCCUGUAAAUAUUCUUGCCAUGCAAAGCAUUAUUAUUGUUAUUGAGGACACUUUUUGGUUGGAUUGGAUUUAUUUUCAAGUUAAUGGACCCCAUUUAAGCCAUUGUUUUGUGAAGGGAACUUUUGGCGAAAAUGAGUUAUUUGUGCAUUAUUUUUUUGGGAUCAUCGCAACCCCAUUCCCCAUGAGUGUGAAUGGUGCAAUCAGGAAUCAAGCAUUAUUACAUGUCAAAUAUAUACAUGUGUUUGCAAUCAUGUAGAGUAAUUUUGGUAAGCUAGAUUGUUGGUGCUAUCUAAUAUAAAUGUACAUGUACAUAUAGCUUGAUUAUAGCCAAAUGAUUUUUUUUUUAUAUUGUGUGUUUGCAUUGUUUUCUAAAUAUCUUAUUUUUUGAUUGUGUAAUUGAACAUGCUUGACCAAAUGUUUUACAAACUGUAAUUGCUUGAAAUAAUUAGUUUUAUAUAUUAGAUUAAUAAUUUAAAAUGAUAAGUCUCUUAAUAGCAAUGAAAAUGUCCACCAAAUAGAGUGUGACUGCACAAUGUACACUUAUAUGUAUAUCUGAUCAGGUUGUUGUUCAAAGUUCACGAUUCAGUAUGUCACCUCUAUAUGUCACUUUGUCUAAUUGUAUUGUUUAGUAUAUUUUUGAAAGUGCCUUAUUAACAUCUAACGGUGAUCCGAUAAACCAUUAAUAAGGAACAGACAAAGAAACAAUUAACAAUCAUUACUAAUGAGCCAAACGGGUUGCUCAUGAACACCAAAGGCAAGGUAUAGUAGAGUGAAAAUAUCUCAACAUGGAGGUGCUACACAUAUUGUUAUUGCCUUGUUUAUAAGUAAAGCUAGGCCCAGUGGGAUGGCGUUAAGCAUUGUCUCACCUCAAUUUAAAUGAUUUAUUUUCCCAAAUCACUACUAUACCUAACCUCUAGAGAUGCAUAAGAUACUCAGUUUGUCUAAUUGAAUUGUUUAGUAUAUUUUUGAAAGUACCUUAUUAUACGUAUUAACAUUCAACAGUCAUCCGAUUAACCAUUAAUAAGGAA